AUGGCGCGUAACUCGGAAAAGGCUAAUGCUAUGCUUAACAAGUGGCUGCGUAUCAAAAGUGGACUAUCAGCUCACGAUACUCAGUUAUCUCGCAAGCCAAGGCACACCUCUGAAGUUGAGGAUGUUAGGACAGCAGAACAUUGGCGGAAUCUCCUAGUAAAGGAUAUUAUGAUCUCUAUUUCACGUAUACAAAACGCAAGCCUGGGAGAGUUUGCUAUACGUGAUUUAAAUGACGAAAUCAACCGUCUUAUCGGAUUACGAAAACGCUGGGAUGAACGUGUUAUCGAACUUGGUGGACCGGACUACCGUGCAUUAUCAUCAUCUAUAGAGAACGCUCAUGGAGCUGAACUUAAAGUAGGAGGUGGUGGAUACAAGUACUUCGGUGCUGCUAAAAAUCUCCCUGGUGUUCGUGAGCUUUUCGAGAAACAAGAAAGCGACCAGCGUCGUGUGGACACAUAUGUGACGCGAGCUGAACUUUAUCGGAAAAUCAACCCAGACUAUUAUGGAUUCCGUGACGACGAAGAUGGUUCUCUAUCGGCAGUGGAAGCAGAACUGGAACGUGCGUUACACCGUGCAGGUUUCUACGCAGAAGAAGCGCCCGUGCAGGUGGAUCAGGCUGACCUAGAAUCGGAAGAUAUUCAAUGGGAUCCACCUCUACGCGAAGCAUUCGAAGAAUGCCUAAGGCGCACUUGA